AGGCCUAGCAAGCCAAGCGACGAGCUCAGCUGAUGCAACCUGGCGGGACUUGCGUGACAGUUCCCGGCACGCGGCGGCGGCGGCGGCGGGGACCGAGGAAGAGGCGCGGGUGCCAGCUGAACGCGGGAAGCAGGGGUGACGGAGCCAUGGGGGACGCUCGCAGCCCUGAAGAGAAGCUGCACCUUAUCACCCGGAACCUGCAGGAGGUUCUGGGGGAAGAGAAGCUGAAGGAGAUACUGAAGGAGCGGGAACUUAAAGUUUACUGGGGAACAGCAACCACAGGCAAGCCACAUGUGGCUUACUUCGUGCCGAUGUCCAAGAUUGCAGACUUCUUGAAGGCAGGAUGUGAGGUAACGAUUCUGUUUGCUGACCUUCAUGCAUACCUGGAUAACAUGAAAGCCCCAUGGGAACUUCUAGAACUCCGAACCAGUUACUAUGAGAAUGUGAUCAAGGCAGUGCUAGAAAGCAUUGGAGUACCCUUGGAGAAGCUCAAGUUCAUCAAAGGCACUGAUUACCAGCUCAGCAAAGAAUACACACUGGAUGUGUACCGACUGUCCUCUGUGGUCACACAACAUGAUGCCAAGAAAGCUGGAGCUGAGGUUGUAAAGCAGGUGGAGCACCCUUUGCUGAGUGGUCUCUUGUACCCUGGACUGCAGGCUUUGGAUGAAGAGUAUUUAAAAGUAGAUGCCCAAUUUGGAGGUGUUGAUCAGAGAAAGAUUUUCACUUUUGCAGAGAAGUACCUCCCUGCACUUGGCUACUCAAAACGGAUCCAUCUGAUGAAUCCAAUGGUCCCGGGAUUAACUGGGAGCAAAAUGAGCUCUUCAGAAGAGGAAUCCAAGAUUGAUCUCCUCGAUCGGAGGGAAGAUGUGAAGAAAAAAUUGAAGAAGGCCUUCUGUGAACCAGGCAACAUUGAGAACAAUGGGGUUCUGUCCUUCAUCAAGUAUGUCCUCUUUCCCCUCAAGUCUGAGUUUGUGAUCCUUCGAGAUGAGAAAUGGGGUGGAAACAAAGCCUAUACUGCUUAUCUGGACCUUGAAAAGGACUUUGCUGAUCAGAUUGUACACCCUGGAGACCUAAAGAAUUCUGUUGAAGUUGCCCUGAACAAGUUGCUGGAUCCCAUUCGGGAAAAGUUUAAUACCCCUGCCCUGAAGAAGCUGGCCAGUGCUGCCUACCCAGAUCCCUCCAAGCAGAAGCCCAUUGCCAGAGGCCCUGCCAAGAAUUCAGAACCAGAGGAGGUCAUCCCAUCCCGGCUGGAUAUCCGCGUAGGGAAAAUCAUCAGUGUGGAGAAGCACCCAGAUGCAGACAGCCUAUACAUAGAGAAGAUUGAUGUGGGAGAAGCUGAACCACGAACUGUGGUGAGCGGCCUAGUGCAAUUUGUGCCCAAGGAGGAACUACAGGACAGACUGGUGGUGGUGCUGUGCAAUCUGAAACCCCAGAAGAUGAGAGGAGUAGAGUCCCAAGGCAUGCUGCUCUGUGCUUCUAGAGAAGGAGUAAGCCGCCAGGUUGAACCUCUGGACCCUCCUUCAGGCUCAGCUCCUGGUGAACGAGUGUUUGUGAAGGGCUAUGAGAAGGGCCAACCAGAUGAGGAGCUCAAGCCCAAGAAGAAAGUCUUUGAGAAAUUGCAGGCCGACUUUAAGAUUUCUGAAGAGUGCAUUGCACAGUGGAAGCAAACAGACUUUACAACCAAGCUGGGGCACAUCUCCUGUAAAUCACUGAAGGGGGGUAACAUUGGCUAGCCAGCCCACCCUCCGGAAUCAUCUGCUGUCUCCUCAAGUCAGCUCCUUCCGCUACCCAUUUGCCCAUCCCUCAGGACUCUGAAGGAGCAGGUCUGGAACUCUUAUUAAGGCAGAACUUGCUAAGGAAGAGCUCACUUAUCUACAAUUUGGGAUCACCGUUAUCUGACUAUAGUGAGAGACUUGACACCCUCCCCUCGAGGAGUAAGAAGGCUGGGUAACAGCAGGGAACUCAGUUCAACCUUCUCGCCUUGGCAGCUGACUUGAGAAGUCUGGUUUCAGUAUAACUCAGAAGAAAUUUAUGCCACAAUCCUUGUAAUUGGAAAAACCCUGGUUACCAGGUUUUCUUGAAGUUAUCCCAGCAGCUGUGCCUCUAGCUGGAUGUAGUGCCUGCACUGGGCUAAUUACGGCUUCUCCCCAACAGGAAAUUGUGGGAUUUAAAAGGAAGAGAAGGGAAAACAGAGAACCUAGUGGUCUACCAAGCUAAGCUACCAAAGGUUGGCAGCUUUCUCAAAGCCUGCCUACCCUGAGGCUUUCCACGGCAGGCAGAGGGGUGGGGGCGGAGUGUCUGCCCCAGGGCUCCUGGAAUUUCCCUUGAUCCAGCUAGGUUGGGCACUCCCUAAACCAGCUGUGUGUAGUUAGCAGCCGGUAGAAUGGAAUGGCACAGUGUGAUGGUUUCUUCAGAGAGGGUGGGGUACUUCUCCAUAAGGCAUCUCAAUUGGAUCACUAACCAUCAUUAUCAUAUUCAAAUAAAAU